CCGGCUGCAAGGAGGAGAUCAAGCAGGGCCAGUCGCUGCUGGCGCUGGAGAAGCAGUGGCACGUCAGCUGCUUCAAGUGCCAGACGUGCGGGGUCAUCCUCACGGGCGAGUACAUCAGCAAGGAUGGCAUCCCCUACUGCGAGUCCGACUACCACGCUCAGUUCGGCAUCAAGUGCGAGACCUGCGCCCGCUACAUCAGCGGCCGUGUGCUGGAGGCAGGAGGGAAGCACUACCACCCCACCUGUGCCAGAUGUGUGCGCUGCCACCAGAUGUUCACAGAGGGGGAGGAGAUGUACCUGACAGGCUCUGAAGUGUGGCACCCCAUCUGCAAGCAGGCAGCCAGAGCAGAGAAGAAGCUGAAGCACAGAAGGACGUCAGAAACCUCCAUCUCCCCUCCUGGCUCCAGCAUCGGCUCCCCAAACCGUGUCAUCUGCGCUAAAGUGGAUAAUGAGAUCCUUAAUUACAAAGACCUGGCAGCUCUUCCCAAGAUUAAAGCCAUCUAUGAAGUGCAGCGCCCUGACCUCAUUUCCUACGAGCCCUAUCACAGAUACACGUCGGAUGAGACGCUGGAGAGAUAUAGCUAUGGGGAGUCCCUGGGGACCCUCUCCCCGUACUCACAGGACAUCUACGAGAGCUUUGACACGCGGCAGAGGAGAGCCUCCAGCCCUGGCUACAUCGACUCGCCCACCUACAGCCGCCAGGGCAUGUCCCCCACCAUCCCCAGGUCCCCCCACCAUUUCUACCGCUCAGGCACCGAGAGCGGGCGCAGCUCGCCCUACUAUAGCCAGUUAGAUGUGAGGUCCUCCACUCCAACCUCAUACCAAGCGCCCAAGCAUUUCCACAUCCCAGCUGCUGGCGAGAGUAACAUCUACAGGAAGCCGCCCAUCUACAAGCGGCACGCCACGAAAAGCAAAACCAGCGAGGACAUCGCGCAGUCAUCCAAGUACAGCCCUGCCUACUCCCCAGACCCCUACUACCACUCCGAGUCGGAAUACUGGUCCUUCCAAGGCUCUCCCAAAGCUCCCCGGGCCCGGAGGUUCUCGUCAGGUGGCGAGGAGGAUGGGUACGACCGGGGCAUGCACAAGGGCCAGGAAGAGUGCCAGGUGGUUUUUCCCCCCUGCCAGAUCCAGAGUGGCAUCGGGAGGCUGAUCCUGAGGGAGGAGAUGAAGGCUCGCUCCAACUCCUACGCAGACCCCUGGACACCCCCUCGCAGCUCGGCCAGCAGCAGGGAGGCCCUGCACACAGCGGGCUACGAGGGCUCCCUCAAUGGCUCUCCCCGAACCCAUUACCUGGCCGACAGCGAUCCCCUCAUUUCUAAGUCGGCCUCCCUUCCUGCCUACAGGAGGAAUGGGCUGCACAGGCCUCCCAGCGCCGAGCUCUUCCACUACGACAGCACCAACGCCGUCAACUGGGGCAUGCGAGAGUACAAGAUUUACCCCUACGAGCUGCUCCUGGUGAAGACCAGGGGGAGGAACCAGCUGCCCAAAGACGUGGACAGGACUCGGUUGGAGAGACACCUGUCCCAGGAGGAAUUCUACCAGAUCUUCGGCAUGACCAUGGCCGAGUUCGACCGCCUGGCGCUGUGGAAGAGGAACGAGCUGAAGAAGCAGGCCCGGCUGUUCUAAGCGCAGUGCACUAUAAAUAUAUACAUACCUAUAAAUAUAUACAUAGAGAGAUCUCUAUAUGGCAGCUCUGUAUGAUUCUCGGGGCUGUACGGGCCACAGGGGCCCUCCCUGCCCCCCUGAGAGUGAAUUGGAGUCUUGCAGAU